AUUCAGAUUAUGAACAUGUUGACAUGUUGAUGUGAGUGGUAACGGCCCCCAGAUCUAAUCAAUUAGGUCAUGACAGUGGUAUUCAGUUUAUCUACACCAUGUCUCAGUUGGAACUAAGCACCGAUGAGACAUCGAAAUUGAAAGAUAUCUUGCAGUCAUAUUCCUUGGCGUUCCAUCAACGUGAACUGCAAGAAAUUCUGUUUGAAGAUGAAGAUGAAGACCAUUUCUCAGUAUCGGUGGAUGCUCUUUCCCUCUUUGAGAGCAACACAACAGUCUGUGAGGUACUCCUGGCAUCCCCAUUGAAACUGUUGUCACUGUUUGAUGAGACUCUGGUGAUUGUACAGGAGACUGUAAAAUCUGAGCAUGAAGCUCAACACAGAAUGACGGUAAAACAGAACAUUCAUGCUCGAGUGAUGGGCCUCCCCGUUUGUCCUGAGCUGACCCGCACCACGCUUCCCAGGACAUCGGACGUUGGCAGCUUCCUCUCUGUGACAGGGACUGUGAUCAGGGCAACAGUUGUUCGAAUUUUAGAAUAUGAGAAAGAAUUUAUCUGUACCAAGUGUAGGACAGUCUUCAGCGUCAAGGCCGACUUCGAGCAGUUCUAUUCAAUGGUCAAACCAUCAAAGUGCACUAACGAGGCGUGUAACUCUAUGAACUUCACCACACUCAGCGAUCAAGGUGCCCCUCCUGUCAAGUGCCGGAACUACCAGGAGAUCAAGAUUCAGGAGCAGGCGCAGCGCCUGGCGGUGGGGACGAUCCCCCGGUCCAUGUGGGUGGUGCUGGAGGACGACCUGGUGGACAGCUGCAAGGCUGGAGACGACAUCACCGUCUGUGGGACAGUGAUGCGACGUUGGAGGAACCUGUCAGCUGACAGCAAGUGUGACAUCGAGAUCGUCUUGAAGGCCAAUCACGUCCUUGUCACUAACGAACAGAGAAACUCUGUUCUCAUCACGCAGGAGAUGAAAUCGGAGAUUGUGGCAUUUUGGGACGAGCACAAAAUGGAACCAUUCACUGCCAGAAAUAAAAUUCUGGCCAGUUUCUGUCCUCAGGUGUAUGGGCUCUAUGUUGUCAAGCUAGCUGUUGCCAUGGUGAUGGCAGGUGGUGUUCAGAGAGUUGAUGACAGUGGAUCCAAGGUGCGAGGAGAAAUACACCUGCUGCUGGUUGGGGAUCCUGGUACAGGGAAGUCUCAGUUUCUCAAGUACGACACCAAGAUCACCCCGCGAUCGGUUCUCACUACCGGUAUAGGCAGCACCAGCGCUGGACUGACGGUCACGGCAGUCAAGGACUCGGGGGAGUGGCAGCUGGAGGCGGGGGCCCUGGUUCUAUCUGAUGGAGGGUUGUGUUGUAUUGACGAGUUCAACAGUAUCCGGGAACAUGACAAGGCCAGUAUUCACGAGGCGAUGGAACAGCAGACUAUCAGUGUAGCCAAGGCCGGGAUGGUGUGUAAGCUGAGUACAAGAACGACAAUCCUGGCUGCUACAAACCCUAAAGGUCACUAUGACCCAGACCAGUCUAUCUGUGUGAACGUGGCACUGGCUAGCCCUCUGUUGAGCCGUUUUGACCUUGUACUGGUCCUUCUGGACUCGCAGAACGAGGACUGGGACAGAGUUGUCUCCUCUUACAUCCUGGAACACAAGGACCCUUUGGGUGACCUUGACCUUAAGUCCCUGUGGAGUAUGGAGAAAAUGCAGGCAUACUUUGCCCUCAUCAAGACCAUCACACCACAGCUGACUGACGGAGCAGUGAGGGUGCUGGGGUCCUACUACCGAGCCCAGCGAAGUGCUGAUGACCGGAACGCUGCCAGAACUACCAUGAGGUUGUUACAGAGCAUGAUCCGCCUAGCUCAAGCUCAUGCGCGUCUGAUGUUCCGAGAUGAGGUGUUGGUUCAGGAUGCUGUAGUUGCCGUCACAGUGAUGGAGUCUUCUAUGCAGGGGGCAGCACUGCUGGGUGGUGUGAACGCCCUACAUACAGCCUUCCCAGAGGAUGCAGAAGAUGAAUACAGGCUUCAAGCCGAGCUGAUCCUGGAGCACCUAGGCCUGCAUGAUCUCCUGGAGGAGGAGCGGACCCAGCUGGCUGAGUAUCAGCAGGCCAAGCAACACAGACAUGGGGGCCAACCACCAGCUGGAGCACCUGGCACUGACCCUGGCAGCUCGGGGGUCGAGUCAGAAGUGAGGAAUAGUGAAGGGGAACAAAUCAGGGGGCAACAAGGGGGGAUUAUCCACUUAUCAGAUGUAGGGGAGAUGUCAGAUGUCCAAGAGGUGACAACAAACAGAAAUACAAUGGCACAAGAUGAAGGGCAGAGGGUCCCUAAUCAUUCAGUUAAAUCUGGAACGGAUAAUGAUGAACUUGGGCCGGUCCCAGGAACAAAAUCUAAAACAAUGCAACAGUCUUUGACUGACAAGUCUAAUCGAGGCAGGGACAAUAACAAUGGAUUACAGGACUGGACAUGUUCAACAGAACAGAUAAACUUGACGGACGGAAGUAGAAAUAGUACCAGGGAACAAACUGUUAGGAUAACUGACAGCUCAUCCUCUGUACCUUCAUCACCUUCUGUUCCUGAAACACUGGUUACUGAUAGACAUAUCUCUCCCAGUAAUGAUGUAGAUUCAGCAUCAACUGUUCUGCCUGAAACAUCUGUCGUAGAUAAGCCAACCCCAGCAUCAGCUGUUCUGCCUGAAACAUCUGUCGUUGAUAAGCCAACCCCAGCAUCAGCUGUUCUGCCUGAAACAUCUGUCGUUGAUAAGCCAACCCCAGCAGUAACUGGGCCUAAUGGUUCUGGCGAAGGAAAUCUGGGAAGGAUUUGUGAGAACAGCUUAAACCAGUCAAAUUUGUUCAAUUCCUCCUCCUUAUCAGACCUGUUGAAUUCUAGCAGUGAAGAUGCUGAGGAUAUCUUUUUAAAGCCAUCCAAAAAAUUUAUCAAACCAACUAAUCAUGGCAUGAAAGAGAAAAUUAAAUCUGCAGAAUUGGAUUCUCAACAUUCCAUGGUCAGCCAGAUGAUCAAAAAUAGAUUGGACAAAUUUAACAGAAAGCCAAAUAUUCCAAGGAUGGCUUCAACUCCAAACAAGGCAGAUAUAUUAGAGAACAUUGAAAAAGAUCAUGGCAGACUUGUGUAUACUAAAGAUCAAAGGAAACCCACUGCCAAGAAAUCAAUGGCUGCCAAGGUUAAACAGAGAAUGAAUCAAGGUCAAACUAGUGGAGCAGACGACAACAUGGACGAUGAUGACUUUGUACAGACAUCCAAUACAAAGCGGAAUUUAGAUUCAGGGAAAACAUCUAAUGAAGUCUCAAUGACUGAUGGAAUUCUUGAUCAUGAAGAAAGAGAGUCUUUAGAGCCUUCAAAGAAAUUAAACAAAUCAAGAUCAAGGAAGAAAAUGAAAUGUCCUGAUGGUUCGAGUUUAUCAGAUUCAAGUGGCAGAACUGGAGCUGGUAUGAAUCCUUCUUCAGUGAGUUCAGGAUGUAGAGAAUCCAAAUCUUCCAGUUCUUCACUGGAUACAGAUUUAAGCUUCAUUGAUGACAUUUUGGAUGACCCUCUUCCAAACUUUGCAAAGAAGAAGAAACGAGCAUGUUUUGAUUUAUCUGACUCAAGCAAAGAGACGAUGAUUCCCACAAGAAACAUAACCACUGCAUCAGAGAAGCCAAUAUGUACGAAAUCUCCAGGAACUGUUGCACAAUCAACCCUGAAUAAACUCAACAAAUUCUCAUUCCAUAAAUUGGAUUCUGUGAGUCAUAAUGUUUCGAACUCAAGUUCGGAGUAUGAUGUUGUCUCUGAAAGUAUUCUUUCUGGGCAUUUAUGGAUUUCAGGGCAACAGAACAAAGAGAAUAUGCAGAAAUGUUCUGAAAGUGAAACAGAUAAAAUUAACCAAGAUCAGAUGAUAUCAAAUCAUGAGUUCAAAUCAAAUAAAGACUCUUCAUUCAGAGUGCCAGCUGCUCUAUCCUUGUCCCAACUUAGCAGCUCUCAGACUUCAGUACCAGAUAAAUCAGUUGAGAGAAAUACAGACUCAAAUAUCCGGCUACCAUCCAUUGGGUGUUCUCCAUCAGAUGACGUGGGCAAGGGAGCUAACUCUGCGGUAUCCCAGACACACAAGAGUAGCCCAGCCUGGUUGCUGAAACUCAAGGCCAAACCACCACCUGUGUUUACCGUGACAGAAAAGGAGGACGAACUGGAUGAUCUUGAUUUAGAGCUAGACUUUACUCUUCCUUCUAAACGAUUUAAGAAAUGACUCUUAUAUAUCACAGGUUUCAAAAACGUAUCUUCUAUGUGUUUUGGAGCAUGCAGAACUAUAUAUUUUGUUUUCAGUGUGAGUGAGUGAGUGAAUCAGUAAGCUUUUAUGCCACUUUCAGCAAUAAUGCAGCUUCAUAUGGUGAAUUGAACUGUGCCCAUUGGAGUGAAUGUUGUAACCAUUAUGAUAGCCCUGCACAAACUCUACGUUUUGGAUUGUUGAACGGGUAUUUUGACAGAUAUAUUUUUUUUUAUGAAAUAUUUUUUUUAAAAUUAAGAGGGCAAGAUACACACUGUACUGUGCCAGAGACGAUUAAUAUACUUCCCAUCAAAAGUUUAGACUCACUUAAAACACUCACUAUAUGCUAUGUAUAGACAUGUGGUUACAUUUCUCCACUAACUUGGGGGAACCAACUGCAAACCUUAUGCAGAUGAAUUGCAAGAGGAUCAUGCAUCAACUUGCUGAAAAGUAUGUGCAAAUAACGUGCAUGUGAACA